AUAGAUAGUUAUUGCUAUAUAAAAUAUGGAAAUAAGGAUUCCUCGUCUCGAAGAAUACGGGCUUUCAGAGAAGAUGGGGUUUUUACCAGAUAAAGAGCCUUUAGCUCGAUUAACUAAAAAAUAUUAUGAGCCAUGGGAAAAAAUAAUGGAUCAUUAUAAUGAUUAUAUUCUUAUGGGACGAUUUAGAAGAGUUAUUGAUGAGCUUCCAAUUCUUUCAGUUGAAUAUCUGGAUUCUUUAAAAGAAAAACAACGAAGUUAUCUUAUUUUAAGUUUUAUGGCUCAUUCUUAUGUAUGGAUUGAGAAAAAACCAUCGGAUAGAUUGCCUGCAUCUAUUGCAAAACCAUGGGUACAAGUCUCAGAGAUUCUUGAAAUACGUCCUGUUAUUUCUUAUGCAGCAGUAUGCUUAUGGAAUUGGAGACACCCUUUUCCAAAUGAGCCUAUAGAUCUUUCAAAUUUGACGACGUUACAUACAUUUUCUGGUACAAAAGAUGAAUCUUGGUUUUAUCUUAUUUCUACUUUUAUUGAGAUUGAAGGUGCACCUUGUCUUCAGAUUAUUUUAGACACUAUUUCAGCAGCAUAUGCUAGGGAUAAGAAUACAUAUGUUUAUAAUAUGAAAAGGCUUUCUUUUUAUAUAGAAAAAAUUACAGAAAUUUUUUGUAGAAUUUAUGAAAAAUGUGAUCCAUAUAUUUUUUACUGGAAGAUACGUCCAUAUCUUUCGGGUUGGAAAAAUAUGGCUGAUACAGGGCUUCCAAAAGGUGUUAUUUAUGAAGGAUGUUCGGAAGAUUAUCGCCAAUAUUCUGGUGGAUCAAAUGGUCAAUCUGCACUAAUUCAUCUUCUUGAUAUUGCGCUAGGAGUUGAUCACCGCCCUACUGGUAUACUAUUUUAUAGAACUAAUGCAUGUAAUACACCUGUUCAAAAAAAAUGCAAUUUUUUUCAAGAAAUGAGGGAAUAUAUGCCAGGAUCACAUAGACGAUUUUUAGAACAUCUUGAAAAAAUUAUGAAUAUUAGGCAGUUUUCUCUUGAUAAUUCUAACGACCUUGAUGUUGUUUCUGCAUAUAAUGCAUGUGUAACUAGUCUUAAAACAUUACGUGAUAAACAUUUACAAGUUGUUUCACGAUAUAUUAUUAUUCAAAGUAAAAUUGAAAAUUUUGAGAAUAAAGAUUAUAAAAAGAAUUCUAUGAAUAUAGGUCUUGCACAACAUGUUAAUGAGAAAGAAAAUCUAAAAGGCACUGGAGGGACAAAUCUUAUUUCAUUUUUAAAACAAUUUCGUGAUGAAACUACUUCAUGUAUAAUUAAGUCAACAAUUAAGCCAAUGUCAUUAUUAGAAUCAUCUUCAAAUAAUAGGGCAAUAAAAAUGAAUCUUAGGAAUAUAUUUUGUUUAGCUGAAUGGAAUGAUAAUGAAUGGGGAUGCAUAGGUGGAUUAUGUUAUAGGUUCUAUUAAAUUUACCAAAGCA